CUACCACCUCUUCCCUCUCCUACACGAAGCCAGCACCUGCCGGCCCAUGUGUAUGGGAGGACCUCCCGCGGUGCCGCGGCAGGAGGUGGGCGCUGUGGUGGUGACGGAGCUGGAGGUGCGCGUGCAGCUGCUGGCCGGAGGCGGCGGCGCGUACAACAUCAACGACAACGCCGACAUCCUCUCGGAGAUCCUGGCGCGCCUCGACGGCCGCUCGCUCGCGUCCGCCGCCAGCGUCUGCCGCCUCUGGGCCGCCGUGUCGCGCCGGGACGCCGUCUGGGAGGCGCUCUGCCUCCGCCACGUGGGCCCGGCGUCCGGCCCCGCGGCGGGCCACGCCACCCGCGCCGUCGUGGCCGCGCUCGGCGGGUACCGCCGGCUCUACCGCCUCUGCCUCGGCCCGGCACUGGACCGGCUGGGGCGCGCGGGAGCCCUCGCCCACGCGCAGGCCCGGGCGCGCCUGUCGCUCUCCCUCUCGCUGUCGCUCUUCUCCAUCGACUGCUACGAGCGGCUAGGAGGCGGGGGCGCCGGCGCCGGCGCCUCCAGGCAGCAGCCGCCGUCGUCGCUGCUCUUCCUGUGCAAGCCCGUGGACGUGUCCUGAUCAAUGGGCGUGCGCACGGCACGAUCCCACCCCGGCAGUACGAUCCAUCCUCAAUGCCGUCGCGCUCUGGGCCGACGCGCGACGCGGUUGACAUAGUAGUGGUCUUUGUCCAAUUUGCUCAUUUUUAUUUACUAUAUUAGCGCGAACCAAUAAGGGUUAAUUAAUAAUUGAUUAAGCAUUUGUAGCUGUACCGCAGGGGCAUUGAAUAUGGAAAUAAAUGAAUCAUUCUUUCUUCCUUUCUCA